AUUUUCCUUUCAAAUGCUAAAUUUGAGUUGCCUAAUGGCUUUCAGACUUCGCGCCGGUGGAAUGCGGAUUAAUUGGUUCUUCUGGUUUCGUUUCUCCAAAUUCAAUAGCUAAAAGGCUAUUUUCCAUGGCUGCUUCUGCUUCUCUAUCUAAUCCAAGCAACAUCGACAAUACUUGCUCAUCUUAUUUUCAGAAGACAGUUUCAUUGUGUGAUUGGUGGUUGAUAAAGGCCGACGAGGACUUCCAAGGGAAGAGGCUUGCUGUUGCCGGCGUCACUUCAAGAGAGCAACGAGCUGUGCGUGUAUUUCAUUCUGCGCCCAUUACCAAAAGACACGAUGUGUUCACUCUUGAAACAGCUGAUGGUAUUGUUGUCAUUUUCCAAGGCUUCAUUAACAGGACACGCACAAUUGAAAAUGGCUUCCCUUCUGAGGUUUUCAGUCAUUUCUUGUUUGGUUUCCCACCUUAUUGGGAAGAAUAUGCUGACAAUUGUUUCAAACAAGCUGUUAAUUCUGAUGUUAAUUCUCAGAACACCUUGGAUGUUGAUGAGCCCAUCACUGAUCAAGGCUUAGAAGAUGUUAGGCCAACUCCAUGUAAAAACAAGGAUACUAGUGAUAAUGAAUGUUAUAUCAAGGUUUGUUCUCUUGACGUGUCUAAGAAGUAUAUUGUUGAUGCCUCAAAGGAUUCUGAUUUGGACAAGGAUGCAAUUGAGCUUAUGAGUUCAGUUAAAAACAUUAGUACCUAUUCCGGUGUCCUAAAUGAUAAACUUAUUGCAAAACUUUCAAUUUCCCAAAAUGAAUCCCAUCCUAGUAUUUUUGUUUGUCCAAGAGACAAUGAUGACACUGUUGAUAAUAUGGAGCAUGAUGCUGCAAAAAACCUUCCACCAUCAACAAGUUGUCUUACAAAUGUGGUUGAUUCAAUGAAUGAUAAUAUAGCAGUAGAAGCAAGACUUUUAAGCUAUCAUUCAAUAGGAUCUUCUGGAAUGAUAUAUGAUACAAGAAGUGGUAAGGAAAGCCAGAAGAUGUGCACUAGAAAGUCAAAGAAUAAGGAAUCAGUUAGUUUGGAAAGUAAUACUAUCAAGGAAAAUGCAUCCGAAGAAUGUUCAGUAUCCAAUUCUGCUUAUAUGGACAACCUCAUUGUAUCUGAAUUUGACAACACAGAAACAGCUGGAGCUGAAGGCUUGGUACUGACUCUUUGCCCAAAGAGUUUGAAGAAGGAAAAUCAGAACAAGGGAAAAAAGGGUGGAAUGAAGAGUGGAAGUAAAAAUUUCUCGACUGGUUCCAUGCCUCGGGAUUUGGAGGCUGUAUUGGGAUGUAUUGGUGAGGGAGAAGUAAUAUGUGAAGAAUCUUUGUUAAGGUCAACAACUGCUGUAAAUUCUGAUAUUUUGAAACAACCAUCAAAUAAUUUUCAGGUGACUGUAUGUUCUACAGUGCAGACGGUUGCAAAAGAGAACGAGGAUGCUCCAUCUAUGGUAGAAAGUAGUCCAGUGAAUGCUAUUCCAAGUGAUUCUGGUUCUCGAAAAUGUAGUACGCCUUUGAGGGAUUUGAAAGAUAAUAAGAAGCAGAAAUCCAUUUCUGGAUGCUCAGUGAAUCACAAAAGCAAAGAGUUGAUAUCAGAGGUUGAUGAGCAUCUAGAUGGAAGCAAACUGAAGAAGCGUUCACAUUCUACUUUUCAGGCAGAAAAGGAAAUAUCGCAGAAAAUGCUGAGUGCUGCAAGAAUUUUGAGAAAUUUGUCAGGGACUGUGGGAAGCAAAGAGAAGAGUGAACAAGUUUCAGUCAAUAAAGGAGGUUCAUCCAUGAAGAAAGCUAGAAGGAAGAUUAUCUUUGAUGCACAAGUAAACUCUUCUAAAUCUUCUGCAACUCCUCUUACUGGGGAAAGGAAAGAGAAAACUUGUGUUUUCUCUCCAGAAUCCUUGAGUCUUAAAAGAUCGAGAGCAGGCAGACUACUUUUACCUACACUAGAAUUCUGGCGCAAUCAAAUUCCAGUUUAUGAUGCGGAUCGUAAUAUCACUGGAAUCCAGGAAGAAUUUAGAGCUUCUAGAGGGUGCAACUCUGAGCCUCAGAUGAGAAGCAGCAAAAGAAAAGGCAAAUCACCUAAGCGCCAUUAAAAGGCAAGCUCAGGGAAUAAAGAAGUAGAUAGUUGUUUUGUGGUUGGUUGCUGCUUGUAAUUUCAUAACUUAAGAUGAUAAUUAGAGAUCAUGUAGAUGUAUGUACAAGGAAGAGACGUUUUCUCGUAUUUGCCUUUUGCUUUGGCCUUCACUGUAUAAUGUUUUUGUCAAAAGAUCUGAUCCCAAAUGCAAUCGUAUCUGUCAAGUAGUUUCCA